AGUGCCGGGAAGCUCCGCUGCCGCCGGAAGGGUUCACCUCCUUCGGCUCCUUCUGCUCGGACGGCUCCGGUGAUGUUCAGGAGGGAGGAGAGCUCAUAGGGCAGCGUCCGUGGAUGGGAGAUGGAGCUGCCGGAGGGGAAAGAGGCGGCGGGGCGACACCUGCGAGCAAAGCUGAAGGACGGCAGGAAACCUCCCGCAGGGGGCGGCCGGGCAUGGGGUCCCCCCGCAGCUUUCCCCGCGACGGAGCCGGGACGGGCGCCCACGCCGGGCUCCAAAGGCGAACCGCCCCCCGCGCCCCCCGUCGCCGGGAGGGUGGGCGUCAGCGGAACCCCUCCGCCGCGCAGCAAAGCUCAGAGUGAGGGUCCCGGCUCCCGUCCGAUGCCCGUUCCUCAGAGCCCGGAGUGGAUGGCGCGGCUGAAGAAGGGCAUCGCUCCCAGCGCCGCCGCUGCCAAGCCGGGAGGACGGGACGCGGCGGACAACAAGGGGGUCGGAGCCACCUCCCAUCCCCCCCCGAGGAACCCACCCCCGCAGAAAUGGCCGCUGCUCAAAGACACGGCCGCUCCGGCUCUCCCCGCCACAGGCGCAGCCGCUGCGGGUGGGAUCCGGGGUUCGGGGCACCCCCCGCGCAGGAAGCCGCUGCCGCACGCCGCGGUGCUCGGAGCGAGGCCGGCAAAGCCCCGGCGGCCUCCGAGCGUGGAUCUGCAGAAGUUCCAUAAGGCUGCGCCCCCCGGGGAGCCCGGCCGCACUGCUGCGGGGCCAUGGAGUGCUGCGCUGGGUUACCCAACGCCAUUCCCACCGCGGGAUGCUCUGAGCACAGCGGGUGGUGAGGAGGAGAUAUACGACGACGUUGAGAGUGUUGAACUGCUCAGGAGAGACCGAAGCUUUCCGCCGCCCCCCGCAUUCCGACCGCCAGCGCAUCUCCACCCCAAAGGAGGUGGGGGAACAGCGGGGGGAGGUGCUGCUCAGACCCCCAGCACGGUUGCACUGCUGGUUGCUGCACAAAGAGGAGCUCAGAGCACCCGGAAGGUGAGGCCAAUGACGCUCAAGGAAUGCAAGAAGGAAGAGAAAGCGGACAGGGAGUUUCAGAAGAAAUUCAAGUUCGAAGGGAACAUCACCAUCCUGACCCAAAUGAUGGUUGACCCUGCGGCGACGGAGAAGAGGGGUGGGGGGAAGAACCUUCCUCUGAGACGGGGUGAGAUCCUCGAUGUCAUUCAGUUCACCAAUAAGGAGCAGAUCCUUUGCCGGAACAGCCAGCGGAGGUACGGUUAUGUGCCCCGGGCUGCGAUGCUGCACCUGGACACGGACAUCUACGACGAUGUUGAUCUGUAUGAGUGACCGACCCAAAGCCACGGGAGCACCACCAGACCCCGAAGGUCGGAGCUCCGAUGCUGGAGGGGCUGUGAGGGUCGGCCCUGCAGUGCAGAGGUUUCGGAGGGUCCUUCGGAUGGAGCCCCGCGGCGCUUUGUUUGAUCUGUGUGAAACACAGCACUGAUUUGUGUGGUCCUA